UUCCGGCCGCCAACACCGACAGCGCUUUUUCGCGGUAAAAUGAAAUGUGCAUCUAAUGUUGGUCAGAUUUAUUCACAGCUCUCACAUCUUCAACCAAACUAAGCUGGAGCAAACUGCCGUAGCUGGUGUUUAGAAGUCGCAUUGUUGAGAGAAUUGGUUCGACGUCGUUGUUAUGAAGUGAGACGAAAGCUAACGUUGCGCUCGAGCUUCUGACGUUUGAAUUCCUCCAUAUUUACAACACGGUGUCUAGUGAAUAUACAGCAUAAAGCAAUGGCAGAACUAUCUGCAGAAACCCUAAAAUCAGAGCUGGAAAUAUUCGGCAUACCCUACCAGGAUGACUCGGUCCUCGACAAGAUGGUGGAGCAGUGUAUUUGUAGCAGGUUACAGAUAGACAAGAUAGUGCUGGAGUGGGUGGCCUACAGCAGCACAAAAAAUGGAUUAAAACUCACCCUGGACAACCUGGAGCAGUUUGAACAUGAGGUGUUGAACAAGAGGAAUAAACAAAGCUUCAGAAUAGAAGAAACUCAUAACAGAACCAGAGACAUCCACUCUCUGCAGGACUUAAUCAAAGCUGAGGAGGAGGAGGACGAUCUACUAGAUUCCUACUCUACCCCUGCAAAGGGCUCUCAGAAACGAGCACUGACCACUCCCGAACACCCUCGUUCAAAGAGGAGUGCAGCUCUGCUGGCAAGCCCUGUCCUGCUGCUGUCUCCUGCCAGCUUCUCUCCCAGUGCAACUCCCUCACAGAAGUACAGCCAGCGAGGGGGGAAAGGGGAGGUGGUGGUUACAUUUGGGGCUGUGCAGGGCACCCGCUGGGUAGGCAGGAAAGCUCCGGGUGAAGGCGUCCAGCUGGAGCUGCUGGAAGGUCCCGAAGACUCCCUCCGCUGCAGCUACAAGUACAUGUUCCAGAGGCUGCGAGAUGUUCGAAAUGUGUUGACAGAGAAGAUAGAGGAGCUGGGAGAGGGCCUCAAGUCUCACUUCAGUAUCGAAGAGUUUUCCCCUGUCUCUCUGCCCGCGCAGGACAGUGUAACAGUGCUGGGACAGGUGUGCUGCGACAGCAAUGGCAAACUGAACGCGCAGUCAGUUCUGCUGGAGGCGGGACCAGAGCAAGGUGGUCAGCAAGUACCUGUUGACCUAUCAGAGCUCAAAGAGUACUCCCUGUUUCCUGGACAGGUUGUAAUGAUGGAGGGAAUGAACACAACAGGAAGAAAACUGGUGGCUUCUAAACUCUAUGAGAGUGUCCCACUUCCUUUCUACACUUCGGAGGUGAAAAUGGAGAUGGAUGAAGAGCCAAUGAAUGUACUAGUGGCCUGUGGACCAUACACCCCUUCUGACAGUCUGACCUUUGACCCUCUGCUGGACCUAAUCAAUGUCAUUGUCAGGGAUCGUCCUGAUGUCUGCCUACUGCUGGGCCCAUUUGUGGAUUCCAAACACGAACAAAUUGAGAAAGCACAGGUGACUGAGACAUUUGAGGCCAUUUUCGCAAGAUGUAUUGAAAGCAUCGUGGAUGGCACCAGAAGUGUUGGCUGUCAUCUGGUGUUCGUGCCCUCGCAGAGAGACAUCCACCACCACUUCAUCUACCCACAGCCUCCCUUCACCCUGCCAAACCUCAGCAAGGACCAGCGUGUCACCCUGGUCCCUGACCCCUGCACCCUGCUGAUCGAUGGCGUGACCUUUGGCUUGACAUCCACCGACAUCUUGUUCCACAUGGGCGCAGAGGAGAUCAGCUGUGGCACUGGAUCAGACAGAUUUUCACGGAUACUGAAACACAUGCUGACCCAGAGGAGUUACUACCCGCUGUACCCACCUGUGGAGGAGGUUAACAUGGAUUAUGAGAAGUUUCAGAGCUUCGGUCAGAUGCCGCUCACCCCCGAUGUUCUCAUCAUCCCCUCUGAGCUGCGCUACUUUGUAAAGGAUGUUGUCGGCUGUGUCUGUGUCAAUCCCGGACGGCUGACUAAAGGCCAGGUGGGUGGGACUUACGGCAGGCUGCUCAUUCAGCGCAGCGCUACAUCAGAGGACGGGAAGAGAGUGAGCCCCUGCUUGGCAGCUCAGGUGGUGAAAAUCUAACAAUAACAAAGACUUUAAAUUCUCACUGUCAACAGAAGUGACUUGAUUAACCAGGACCAGUUUGCCAGCAGCUUUGCACGCUGCACUCUCCAGGCUCUCGGAUGUAAAAUAUGUAAAAGCAGGAAACGACUCUUGUGCUGUUGAGACCAUUUUGCCCACCGGUCUGUUUUUAUAUGACAAAACAUGUUGGGGUGUACAGUACUCUGGUUGGUGGUGUCAGGAAUGUGGAGGAAUAGCAAUCACUCAGAUACAGCAGAUCUCUUUUCAAUAAAUUAUUGUCACCCUUUGUACUUUAUUGUGUACUUUCCUCUUACUUCUACUUGAAAAUGUUAUUUGCCUGUGGUUUGGGUUAAAUACAUGCAAAAAGUUAAGAGAAAAAAAAUAAAUAAAAGAUUGUUGCACAGUC